CUUCGGUGGAUAUUUAUUGCAGCUCAGCACCGUUGUGGCAAUUCACUGUGACACGACCUCAACCUGAGAACUUCUGAUUUAAACGAAAAAAAGCAAAUUAGUAAACCAUGGCCAAACUUCUGGUGUUAACAUUGAUUGGUCUAACUGGAAUUUCUAUUGGCUUGGGAGCCGACAGCUGGAGCUACUGCAGUAAUUGUGCUGAUGGCCCGUUGAGAUGGACAGGCGACUGUGCCUCUGGGAAAAGCCAGUCUCCUAUAGACAUUACUUCAACCAAUGCAACCUACAGGUCGUUCUCAGCCUGGAACUUGCAAAACUACGGAAAAACACUCUCGGCUAACUUUACUCAAAUGAACACUGGCUCUGCUCUAAAGGUGUCAAUACCAGAAAACAUGUUCUUUGUCAAUGGUGGAGGCCUGGUGGGUAACUACACCACCGCUCAGUUUCACCUUCACUGGGGACCCAGCAACAAAAAAGGUUCAGAGCACUACCUGGAUGGACAGCAGUUUUCCGCAGAGAUCCAUUUCGUCAGCUACAAUGUCAAAUACCCAAACUUGACCUACGCCGCUACAAAGUCUGACGGUUUGGCUGUCCUUGGUGUCUUCUUAGAGGUCGGAAGUGCAAAUCCUGCUUAUGACAAAUUCCUCAAUUAUGCCUCGAAAGUUGUCAACAAAAGUGCAACUGUGCACAUUCCUGCUUUUCCUUUCUCUCCCCUUUUCCCAUCCAACACGAGCAAGUUCUACAGGUACCAAGGCUCAUUAACAACACCAGGAUGUUACGAGUCUGUAACAUGGACAGUUUUCCACGAUGUCGUUGAGAUAUCCUCAUCUCAGGUUAGCGCCAUGCGCCGCUUGAUGAUGAACGGCACUGACUACAUUGGGGAGAACUACCGCCCGACUCAGGACCUACACACCCGCACAGUAUAUGCGAGCUUUGAUGUUCCAGCUGCUACCCAGACUCCAACGGUAGACGGUCCGGUUGAUUCAGCAGUAGGUGUCAAGAUGUCCACAGGUCUAUUGCUGUUGAUGUUGUUUGGAGCGCUGUUCUUUUAUUAAAAUGGCUCCUUCGCAUACAUCUUGAUGCCAACGGACUAAGACUUGCUUUUUGUUAGAGUGCUGUAUAAUCUGCGAUAUACGGUUGUGAUAAAUAGACGACAGGCGUUCUUUGUUAAAUAAGGCUAGUAUAUGUACAAACUCGAGGAAGGAACUGGGGGAGAAAAACGGCAGCAAACCUUAUUCCAUUACUUUAUUGUUGCUUAAAUCCGCAGGAGGGUCCCCUGACGGCGGACCUUCCCAUCAUCUGACAAAACAGGCCCAUCUUAAAAUGAGCUUCUGAAAGGGUAACAUGACUACGCUGUUUAUCUCAAGAUUUUUCCCUGUACCUUGUACCAGCCUUAUUUAUUCAUUACUAUCUCUAGUAUUUAUAUCAACGGAAUCUUGUUUGCAACUUUAUGUCUAAUGUGAUGCUGUAUUUGAGGAUUUCGCGCUGUGAGAAAACUGAAAUUAUUACGCCCAUCAAUGUAGACGAUAUUUGGAAGACUUUCCAGCCGUUGUGAGAAAGCGAUAUUUUUUCAGACAGAACUUUGGAGUAAGAUCAUUAUUAACUCAUUCUAUCAAAGUUUAUCUAUUUCCUGUCUUGGAAAAAUUUGCCUCUUCCGCUGAGUCUCUGUUCAG